GGGCCAGUGACGGAGGAGACGCCGUGACGUUGGCCGGCAUGUGACGUCACUAAAGAUGGUGGUGGGCGCCUUUCCCAUCGCGAAGCUCCUGUACCUGGGGAUCCGGCAGAUCAGUAAGCCGCUCGCCAACCGGCUGAAGGCGGGAGCCCGGCGCAGCGACUUUUUCCGCACCUACGUCUGCCUGCCGCCUGCACAAGCGUAUCACUGGAUUGAGAUGCGGGCGAAGAUGAGAAUUAUGGGCUUCCGUGGAGCGGCCAUUAAGCCCAUGAACGAGGAAGCCGCCGCCGAGCUGGGUGCAGAGCUCCUGGGCGAAGCCAUCAUUUUUUUAGUAGGAGGCGGCUGCAUGGUGGCGGAGUACUCGCGGCAGUCUGCCAACGCCCGCAGGAAAGAGGAGGAGCUGGAGGCCCGGCUGCACUCGAUGGAGGCCGAGAUUGCACGGUUAGGUCUCCUGUCGGAUGAGCUGGACGCACGCGCCCGGGCCGCAGAGAGGAAACAGACAGUGACAGUGGCAGCCUCGCCACGCGUGUAACAAUUCACCUGUCCUGCGCCUGUGCGGGACGUCUCAGGAACAGUGACCACGGUACAGGGCAGAACCCCUGAGGACUGAAAUGUGUAUAUACCGGAAAUAAAGGAACAUUAUUGUG